UGUUUUUCUUUUAUAAAAAAAGAUAAUUAUGAUAAAAUUAUUUUAAAAUUUAGGAUUUGUGUGUAAAAAAAUUAAGUGUUAAACCUCCGUGUUCUUUCGAUCUUCCUUCUUAUCAGCAGAACCUGUAUGAAUUUCUCUUGUGUCAUCCGUAUAAUAUCUAUCAGCUGAUCUAAAAAAGUGAGUGAAGGCUUUGAAGGAAAAUUAAAAAUAGAAAAGUUGUCAGAAAUUGCCGGUCCUAAUGAAUUAAAAACAAAAAAAAGAAACGUGACUGUACAUUAUUAGCAAGUUAUUGUUAGCAAGUAUGGCCAUGCGUCAAAUUCUCAGAAAGUUAUGGAGAAAUAUUAGUCCCGCGAUGAAAUCCGUAACGCAUUUGCAGUACACGUCAGGUGUGAUAGUCGCGCACUGCAUCUCGUUCGACAAGCCUAGUGAAAACGAUAAGUUAAAGCUGGACCCACCGGAUGUAAAGAAGCUAACCCACGAGUAUAUGAUAAAACAAUCUGCGUUGGAUGCUGCCAACAGUGUAACCCAGGCAUUAACUGUCACUUAUAUGGCUAUAAUAGAUCUGAGCGUUGCAUACAGAAUAUUAUUGAACGAACUCAUUUCUCUUCUCGGAGAAACUAUAAUGCACAAUGUAAACGACGCACACUGGGAUCUGAUCGUGGAAGUGCGAAAUGAAAUGCAAGACAAGAAAGAGAAGCUUAUGCGCCUAGUUACCUAUAUGGAUUAUGUGCACAAAAUGGCAGUAGCCAGCGCAGAACUGAGUUACAUGUGCGGGAUGGAUGGCUUGACCAGCACGCUUCAACAGAGGAUAGAGGAUGCGUUAAACAGGGUGAAAGCAGAGACUGACAGCAAUGCAGAGCUGGAACGAGAAUACUGGCGUACACAGGAACAGUGCGUCAGAGGCGGUAGAGAAACAACCGAGAAGCAAUGAACUUUUACAGAGAAGAGCCCAACAUUCUCAAAACGCGUUUUAUUUUUUUCUUAAAAAAGAAUUAAAAAUAAUGUGUAUCAUUAUGACGUUUUUUAUAUUAAUAAACAAUUUUCCUCACAUCUAGCAACAUUCUGUACAUGGUUAAUAUCAAUCUUAUUCAACUAUUUCAUUUUUUCAUAUUUUUCGUUAAAAGUGCUUAGCCUACUAUAUUAAAGUUGCUUGAUUACACAAUUUCAAAUAUUAUUUUAUUAAGUAUUUCUCUUACAAUCUAGAUUUCAUAACAUCUUUAUUGUAAAAAUAUGAUCGGAAUAAAGUGUGUCUCAUUAUUCUGUUUAAUCUAAUCAUGUAUUCCGAAACUAUUAC